AAUUACUGAGGUCAUUUCCUCUAGGACACAUAAUUAUAAACAUCAAUCAACGACAACGUGUCUAAAAAGCAGUAGAUAUAAUUGUCUCUGAGAACACUAAGAGAGAGUCUUCAGCCGGCCGUCUGUACUUAGCUGUGUGUGUGUAUUUGGACUAUUGACCCAAGGACUGGAAUAUUGUGGCUGGGCAGUCUCACAAGAAUCAUUCCCCAAGCAAGAAGAUUGCACACAUUUAUAUUGAAAUACCAACAAGCCCCAAGACGACAAUGGUGAAGAGUUGUCAUCUCCUCCCUGCUCUGCUGUUGCUAUCCUUGCUAUUGGCUCCAGCACAUCAGCAAGCUACAGGAUCAGGAGAUGUUUCGGAGAUUAAUCGAACAGCAUCGUGUACUAGAGCAGGUACACCACAGAAUGUUCGAGUGACUGACGUCUCAUCAGAGUCAGCUCAGAUAUCGUGGAACGGCCUGAACAGCCUGGCUAGUGAUGACUCCUAUCAGGUGCUCUAUCAAGAAGUCAGUAGCACUCGCUAUUCCUCGAUCGCGGUGGACAGAAUGGAAUCUACCAUUCUUCUGGGAAACUUGAAGAGCUACACAGUGCACAGUGUGCAAGUGCGUGUGAUGUGUGGUAGUGGCCAAUACGGAGCUCUCAGUGCACCAGUCACCCCCUUCCAAACCCUCUCAGGCAAGCCGAGUGCAUCUGUGUCUAACCUCAACGCGACUCCCAACUUUAACAAUGUUCCAAACCUGGUACGAAUACAAUGGAACCACAUUCCGCACGAUGCUUGGAAUGGAAACGUCGGAGGGUACCUGGUGUACAUCUUUCAACCUGGGAGUCCUAACUCCAUACCUACUGACAGACAGGUCAACUUCCCCCUUGCUGAGCAAUUCCUUACACUGGACAAUGGAGACUAUGCUGUUCAAGUGACUGCCUUCAAUGGUCAGGGUAACCAAUCAGAUGAGGUGUCUGCUGCCAGAACGUUCACUAUUGGAGAUGGUUCCCCAGCGGCCCUCCUUGAAUAUCCGUUUGUAUACAUCAUUGUCCCUGGUAUCAUCUUCGUGGUGAUUAUCAUUGUCAUCAACGUGGUGAUAUUUAAGAAGAUUCACGAGACUCGUAGAAGAAGUGUGACUUACUGCAAAGAGCUAGCAAGCCACCGAGGGUUCACUAACGCUAUCCCCCUCCAAGAGCGCCGCUCCCCCAGUUCCUCGAUGUCCCCCCCGGGAGGUCUGAUCAGUCCCUCUGUAGUCCUCACUCAAGCUUCCUUUGUUAACCGACCUCUCCCUCUCUCACCGCCAAGCAACGGACCCAGUCCGACUAGACAGACGUGUCAGCAUUUCCACAAUCAAGAACCACUGGCUUUCGGUAAUGGACUCGCGACACCUAACUUUACCCCUGCCCCCAAAUUGCCCCACCCCGGCCCUCUCCCAAUAUUGUCUGAUGGUACAGACCCUAAUUUUGCUCCGAUACAACGCACGCUAACCAAUCAGAGUGCUUCUUCGUCCGUUUUCUCUCCCACUGCCUCUAUUCCACUCUUCUCCCAACCUCAGCAGCGAACAAGAGCUGUUACUGUCGGCGAUGGAAUGCCUUCUCCGUACGAGGUGCCAGAACACAAUGGGAGCACUCUUUCUCGAGGAGACUCUAACUCUCUGGUUCGUUCAGCCAGUGCUAGUGCAACCCAACACCGUGUUGUAGGUCCGAGAGGAGGGAAUUUACCCCCACCCCCUGCUCACUCGCCCCCUCCCCUCACACACAGCUCGAUGGAGCUUAGAGCGAGGAUGGACAGUGGGGGCGGAGUCCUCACAACCCCUCCAGGGCAGAACACACUUCCCCGCUCCAUGGGCAGCCAUCACGCAGGCCAUCCAAAACCAGGCGGCAUGAAGCACAUGCGCAGUGAUGGACACUUCCCUAUCUUUGAAGAGAAGCCUGAAGUCUAUAUUCGUCCUCUUGACUCGAGCGUGGAAGCUAGUCUACACAGUGGCAGCAGCUAUGGGCAAAAUGGUGUAGCUAGAAAACAAAGUUUGGAAAUGGCCCAAUAUCCGUAUCGUGGUGGCUUGGCUACCAAUGGCUCCAUUGUCGAAUCUGAAUUUAGCAAUUUCUCUGAGAGAACUGAGGGGAGUAGUAUGAUUCCCCGGGCCCCACCCCAUAACCCCACCCACCAAGAUCGAGACAGGAGCGUACGGUCGCAGGGACGAGAGUCGUUGUUCAGUGAGACAUCCAUUGAGCUCUCUGUGUCCAGUAACAGUGAGAGAGGAGGCUCCCCAGCAUGGGACCAUCGAGGGGCCACCUCGGACGUGGGUGUGGGCAUGCUCCACGAUACCUCCCACUCGCCAGAGAGCAGGGAGACAGUCAGUGAGGUCGGCACUGGAUACAAACCACAUCAUGUGUUCAAGCAGGUAUAAACAUUUCCCUCACCUCACACCCUAACAACGCACAUCAUACGAAUGAAUCACCUGCCAAGCCACACCCACCUUUCACUAAGCCCCUCCCAUGGCUCCUCCCAUUAUCAGCACAUAACUCCACCCACACUGUAGUGAACACGAACACCAGUGCUGUUUAUUAUUGUUAUCAUUGUGUCUCCUUCCAUACAAUAGUAUACAGUCCCAUUACAUGUACUGUACCUACGUACCUUCACCCAGGCAUUGUCUAGAACACACUCUACAACACACUGCAUUGUACAUCCAUCACUUUGUCCUUGAAUCAGUAUAAUUAAUACAGACUAACAACUUGUGCAUAUUAUAAAUAAUUAUGAUGAAAUGAUGUUAACAUUA